AUGUCUUUUGCAAAAAGUGUGUUAGAAGCCACCCCUAAUGAGGGUGAAUGGAACAAGAACAAGUUCUCACCGUCCUCUCGACGAGUGAAUGCUCAGAAGAUCCACCGCAUUGAAGGGAACACUGAAAAUGUGGAGAAUCUGUUGGUGCAGGAUACAACCAAAAUUGCAGUGCUACAUGGCUCAGAUACUGCAGUUACUCUGGACUUUGGAUUCAAUACUUGCGGAUUGGUUCAAAUCGAAUUCGACAAUGACAAUGAUAAUGAUAAACACAUUGAACUGUCUUUCUCUGAAUCUAAACAGUUUAUUGACAAGACUACUUCAGACAGGUCUAUGGAUUUCCUAAUGGAAGAUCUCACUCUCAAGGUACUUUGCAAAGGUACUUAUCAGAUGCCAUGGGUUUCCCAAAGAGGUGCAUUCAGAUACCUAACCCUCUGGACCCAUGAAGAAUCAAGAUCUAUUUCCAUUAAAAGUAUUAGUACUUAUAUGACAUGCAUGCCGUCCCUAGGAGAGGACUUGUCCCGAUACUCUGGUUACUUCCAUUCAAGUGACCAAUUUGCCAAUUCUCUCUGGUACGCGGGAGCAUACACCAUUCAACUAGCCACUAUUCCCGUUGAUUCAGGACGUAGGCAUUCAGUUAUAAUGCCCAGAACUGGUUGGUUCAACGAUGCACUAGCUGGCCUGAAGGAUGCUUCGGAAAUUCUAACAGAUGGCGCACGUAGAGACAGAAGUGUAUGGUCAGGAGAUCGUUCUGUUUCCCUAUUAACCGAAGCAGUAUGCUUCGAUGGUGUUGGGGGACAAGCGGCUACUGACUGGCUUCUGACUCAUCAGAAGGAAUCUGGAGAGUUUCCAUAUGCUUGCAAACCAAUUGAUAUGUAUGGUUCAGACACAUAUCACCUUUGGUCCUUGGUUAAUGUUUAUGACUCCUUCAAGCUUACGGGAGACGAUACCACUGCAUUGCAUCACUGGCAGAGCUACAAGAAGGGUCUGGAAUAUUCGCGCAAUAAAGUUUCUGAACUGGGCCUAAUCAAAGUCACUAAUGUACUUGACUGGGGGAGAGAUGUGUUACAGAAUCAUGCAGCUAGCUGUAACAUGAUUUACUACCAUACCUUGAACGGUGCUGUAGAACUGGCAACUCGAUUUGGGGAUGAGAAAGCGGCUUCUGAGUAUGCUUCUCAGGCUAAAGAGUUAAAGUUACGCAUCAACGAAGUUCUUUGGGACGAGCAGCAUGGGAUGUUCAAAGACAACGAACUAUCUUCUGUUCUUUCUCAAGAUGCAAACUGUUUUGCUGUCUGGUUCGAUGUCACUAGUGAAGAAAGAAAAGAGAGCAUCUCUGAAAAUCUUGCCAAAAGAUGGACUAAGUUUGGAGCUCCUGCUGUGGAGUCUCCAGGUAUGAUCUCCCCAUUCAUCUCCAGUUGCGAAUUAUUUUGCCACUCUUUGGCUGGUCAUCCAGAGAGAGCAUUAGAACUGUUCCGAACUAUGUGGGGUUAUAUCUGGAAUUCCCCUUAUGCUGUUCAAUCUUCUUUGAUUGAAGGAUACUUCCAAGAUGGAAGUUGUAAGUAUCCAUUCACUCUUUAUGAUCCAGCUUACAUUUCUCAUGCUCAUCCUUGGGCUACUGGUCCCACGGUGCUGCUGACUAACCACAUUGUUGGAUUGAGCUUUGAACACGACCACUCUCAGUGGAAUCUCUUCCCGGCAGGCAUUUUCUCGGAGAAUGCAAUUGAAUGGGCUCAAACAGGAUUCACUUCCAAGACCAAGGGUUUCAUCAGUGCGGGAUAUAAGUUUGAAAGGCAUUUAAAAUCUCUGGAAUUGGCUGUAAAGAGCCCUAAGGAGACAAAGGGAAAGAUUGGAAUUCCGUACGAUUCAGAUUACGCUAUUUCUACGGUGACUCUAAAUGGUGAGGUUCUUGGCACUGAAAAACUGGAAAUCCAAGAGAAAUACUAUGUAGUUUCGGUCAAGGAGAGUGUUACCGUUAUAGUUUCAUAUUGUUAG